AUGCCACGUGAAUAUCUCAUUACGAUGUUGCUUCCUGCUAUCGAUCAUUUCAUUAAUGGUAGUCAAAUUGGAACUGAUACCGGAACUCCAAGAAACAUUUCAUUUUUUACAACCAUCAUUGGAUAUUCGAGUGUCAACAAAUCCAGUGCAACAGAAGUAGUUUUGAAUGCAUGUCUUGCUAUUGAAAAAUAUCUAGGUAUAAAAACUGACGAGAGUCGAAUCAAUUGUAGUGCUACUGUUGAAUCACUCUUAAUUGAAUUAAAGAAUACAUCGCCUAAACUUAUUCAAAUUUGGGAUGAGGCAGUUACUCUUCUACAGUUAUUUGGUCUUUAUAAACAAGGUGGUGCUGCAUAUGAUCGAUCAAUCAUGUGCACGUUGUACAACUCAUCUGCUGUUGUUAAACGACAAACUAAAUCAGGAAAUAUUACGAUCGAGAAUCCUGUACUCAAUAUUGCUGCAGCUGCACAUACAGCCGAUAUUUUUUCUUCUGUAUCUAAUGAAUCCGAUGAUGAUGGUCUGAUGGCUCGUUUUCUCUUUUCUGCUCCUCAACCAUGUAUACCUUUAUCUGAUGAAAUUAGAUCACUCAACAUCGAUGAGCCGAGUCUUACUCAUCUACUAUACAUUAUAUAUUGUUUUAAUGCAACAGAGCAAAAUGAUGGACGACGUAAUGAUGAUGAAGAUCAACGUCCAGUGCAUGAAACUUUAGAUGAAAUGCGACAACGAUAUGCUCAGAAAAAAGAUGAACAAGAACGAAUAGACAAAAACCAAGCGAUAUUGGCUGAGUCUCGGCGAUCAAAAACAUCAGCACGGCCGGAGGACGGAAAUGAACAGAGAUAUCCUGAAAAGGUUAUCUUGCUAGCUAGGGGUACAAAAAUACCGUGGAUCAAUAUAAGCUUAAAUCAUGGAGGGUUUAAAGCAGCCACACUUCAUGAAGCUGCCGCUAAUCUUCAAACUGAACGACUUGGACUCUUAACAAAGGAAAAAGCCAGUGGUGCGCACAGAGCAACAACAUACUUUUCCAAAGUACCAAUCGAUGCCAAAUGGAAUGCUGAACAAUUAGCUGCCUUCAGCAAAAAAUUAGCAAACUUCAAUGUGUCACUGAUGGCAUAUCAAGCAUCUUUCACACCAGAAGCAAGUGUUACCACUACCGAAACAGAAGAUGAAGAAAGUAUGGAUGCUUCACCUUCUCGUGAGGAUGUUCCAUCUGCAAUGUCUCCACCACCAGUGCCAGCACGUGAUCCGAUUCAAGCCACUGUUUCAUUAUAUGCAAAUGUUGGAUUUGAAUUACCACCACCAACAACACGUGUUCGAUCACAACAGCGAACAGAAACUGCAGCAAGUAACGUUUUCUUAACACCAGACAAAAUAACAACAGAACAUUUUACAAAACAACAUACAUUUCAAGUUAAAAAUAAAAACAGAAUUGAACCGAUCCAAAAACCAACAUCACCAUACACAUCACCGAGGAGGGAAAUUCUUCCAUCACAAGAAUAUCAAUACCACAAGAUUUAG